CCAUAAAAAAUAUUAACCCUUCAUUUAUUUUACCUUUAAAAUGCCAAAAAAGGGGGGGGGGGGGGGGGGGGGGGGGGGGGGGGGGAAAUAGCGGGCGGGAUCCACACAAGCACUUGCUUUGCUGUACUGUGGAGCGUGUAGCAGGCAAUAAUUCCCUUGCUUCAUAAGCCAUUUUGAUUUGUAAUUUGUUGUAAAAAUUAUCAUAAUUCAGGUUUCAUUUCACGUCCGCCUCUCUUUCCUCGCGUUUCCGUCCCUCCUUUUUCCCUUUCCUCUCUACAGCCCCAGCGCUUCUGCUAGGGUUCAGUGGUCGCCGUCGCGCCCCCCGCCGAUCUGCCGCGACACCAGUCUCCAGUCUUCCCCGAUUCUGUAAGUAACAGUCUGCUAGUCUCGAUUGUCACCGUGGUUUCCGAUUCACUAGGUUUGUUUUAGGGGAGUGGGGCAGCUUGAUCUCGAGUGCUUGGCCCUUUUGGGUUUGUCCUGCUAUCCGAUGCGGCAGUAGAGUGCUCAGUUUUUUUGUUGGACUGCCCAUUGGGAUGUUCCUCUCGUUUUAAUUGUUCCCAAGCUUGAUCGAAUUUCAUCCUGCUUCCGAGUCCCUUUCUCUUGUCCCCAUUCCGCAAUCUGAAUGCUUUGUGUGGGAAGAUUAGCUUUUGGGGUUUUACCUGCUGUGAUAAUUUUGCACUGGAGAUGAAUUAGUCGGGUGAAGUGGUGAUUUGUUUGAGUUACAAUCUAGUUCUCUUUAGCUCUGCUGGGCAGGAAUACGACAGCGAAGCAGGGUUUUUGAAAUUUCGAUGUGUUUGUGUGUGUGGAGUUUGACUUUGCGAUGUUGGACUGUGUCAGUUGAUUUUGAGUGGUUUGAGAUAUAGCUUUGCCCACUAGGAGAUAGAUUCUCUUCCAGGUGUUCUGAAAUCAUUGCCAAGUCAAAGUAGAGCUUUUGAGUAAAAAAGGGGAUGUCUGUGUUGUGUUCUUCAUUUAUGAUACGGCUCCUUGGACAUACGUUGGAUAAAGUAAAUUUGAUGUUUUCUCCUCCCGUUUCCUUUACCGUGUGUGUAGAUGUAAUUGAUCUUCCAUGUCAACUUCUGUAUUAUUGUCAACCAUUCGGUCAUUUACCCCUCCAUUUGAUGUUACAUAUGCUUACUAAAAGAUGAUGGGGUGAGCCGUAGAGCAUGGAAAGAAUAAUAAUGUCAUGGAAACUUCUUUCCUGUGCUACUUUUCUUCUCUAGAUGGCGCUUUGUGCUAUUAACCUGCACUUCUGCCUUGAGGUUAUAUGAGUCAUCAGUUUUGAAUUUUUUUUUGUUUUUUUUUUUUUGUAGAGAUACAUCAUGGCUAUGGAGGUGACACAGCUACUUUUGAACGCACAAUCGAUAGAUGGUAGUGUGCGGAAGCAAGCUGAAGACAGCUUGAAGCAGUUCCAAGAGCACAAUCUCCCCGCCUUCUUGUUUUCUCUUUCCGGUGAGCUGGCCAAUGAAGAUAAACCUGCUGAUAGCCGGAAGUUAGCUGGGUUGAUACUAAAAAAUGCCCUGGAUGCUAAGGAGCAACAUAGGAAGUUUGAGCUUGUUCAGAGAUGGUUGAUGUUGGAUGCUACAGUAAAGAGUCAGAUAAAAGCAGGCUUGUUAAAGACGCUUUCUUCUCCUGUACCUGACGCUCGUUCAACUGCGGCCCAAGUAAUUGCCAAAGUUGCUGGAAUUGAGCUCCCCCAGAAGCAGUGGUCGGAGCUAAUUGGAUCACUUUUGUCCAAUGUUCAUCAGCUACCUCCUCAUGUCAAACAAUCUACACUGGAGACUCUUGGUUACUUGUGCGAGGAAGUCUCUCCUGAUGCUGUUGAGCAGGAUCAUGUUAACAAAAUCUUGACUGUUGUAGUUCAAGGUAUGAGCUCUUCAGAAGGAAACAAUGAUGUGAGACUAGCUGCCAUCCGGGCAUUAUACAACGCCUUAGGCUUUGCUCAAGCGAAUUUUAGCAAUGACAUGGAGCGUGAUUAUAUCAUGAGAGUUGUCUGUGAGGCUGCUCUAUCGAAAGAAGAGAAGAACCGUCAGGCAGCCUUUGAAUGCCUGGUCUCAAUUGCGUCAAUGUACUAUGAGAAGUUAACUCCGUAUAUGAAUGACAUUUUCACCAUCACAGCAAAAGCUGUGAGGGAAGAUGUAGAGUCUGUAGCUCUUCAAGCAAUUGAAUUCUGGAGUUCAAUUUGUGAUGAGGAGAUAGACAUCCUAGAAGAGUAUGGCGGUGAUUUUACUGGGGACUCAGAUGUACAAUGCUCCUAUUUUGUCAAGCAGGCACUCAAUGUUCUUGUACCAAUUUUGCUGGAGACACUAUUAAAGCAAGAGGAGGAUCAGGAUCAGGAUGAAGGGGCUUGGAAUAUUGCAAUGGCUGGUGGAACAUGCCUUGGGCUUGUUGCCCGCGCUGUUGGAGAUGAUAUUGUACCCCUUGUUAUGCCAUUCAUUGAAGAGAAUAUAACAAAACCUGAUUGGAGACAGAGAGAGGCAGCUACUUAUGCUUUUGGCUCAAUUUUGGAGGGUCCUUCUCCUGACAAGUUGACACCUAUUGUCAAUGUUGCUUUGAACUUCAUGUUAUCAGCGCUGACGAAGGAUCCAAAUACUCAUGUGAAAGAUACCACUGCUUGGACUCUUGGUCGUAUUUUUGAGUUUCUCCAUGGUUCAACAAUGGAUGCGCCUAUCAUUACGCCGGGAAAUUGCCAGCAAAUUGUGACUGUUCUACUUCAAAGUAUGACAGACGUGCCAAAUGUAGCCGGGAAGGCCUGUGGGGCACUCUACUUCUUAGCUCAGGGUUAUGAGGACGUGGGUCCAUCAUCUCCUUUGACUCCCUACUUUCAGGAAAUUGUUCAGGCCCUUCUCACGGCCACUCACCGUGAAGAUGCAGGCGAAUGUCGGUUAAGGACUGCUGCCUAUGAAACACUGAACGAGGUGGUUAGGUGUUCAACAGACGAAACGGCAACUCUGGUGUUGCAACUAGUUCCUGUAAUAAUGCUGGAGCUUCACAAUACACUCGAGGGUCAGAAGCUCUCAUCUGAUGAGAGGGAGAAGCAAGGUGAAUUGCAAGGUCUUCUUUGUGGAUGUUUGCAGGUCAUCAUCCAAAAGCUAGGCGCUUCCGAACAGACAAAGUAUGGGUUUAUGCAGUUUGCUGACCAAAUAAUGGGUCUCUUCCUUAGGGUGUUUGCUUGCAAAAGUGCGACAGUGCACGAGGAGGCCAUGCUUGCUAUUGGAUCCCUUGCCUAUGCAUGUGGUCCAGAAUUUGCAAAGUACAUGCCCGAAUUUUACAAGUAUUUGGAGAUGGGUCUUCAGAACUUUGAAGAGUACCAGGUGUGCUCUGUCACAGUUGGAGUGGUGGGCGAUAUCUGCAGGGCAUUGGAAAACAAAGUUCUACCUUACUGUGAUGGGAUCAUGACACAGCUUCUGAAGGAUUUAUCGAGCAAUCAGUUGCAUCGAUCUGUUAAGCCACCUAUAUUCUCCUGCCUUGGUGACAUUGCACUAGCAACAGGCCAAGAUUUUGAAAAGUAUCUGAUGUAUGCCAUGCCAAUGCUCCAAAGUGCUGCAGAAUUGUCUGCCCACACUGCUGGUGCUGAUGAUGAGAUGAUUGAUUACACAAACUCUCUUAGAAACGGAAUAUUGGAGGCUUAUUCUGGAAUUCUUCAAGGAUUUAAGAACUCGACUAAGAUCCAACUGUUGAUUCCUUAUGCACCACACAUCCUCCAAUUCUUGGAUAGUAUUUACAUGGAAAAGGAUAUGGAUGAUUUGGUUAUGAGAACAGCUAUUGGUGUACUCGGAGACUUGGCAGACACAUUGGGAAGUAAUGCAGGAACUAUGAUACAGAAUUCUCUUUCUAGUAGAGAUUUUUUAAAUGAAUGUUUGUCUUCAGAAGACGGUUCAAUUAAGGAAUCUGCCGAAUGGACCAAGUUGGCCAUCACCCGUGCGAUUUCUGCUUGAGGUUAUUGUGCUGCUUUGGCACGUUGUUUCUUUGGUUUUAGAGUCCUGCAUGCAUCUUGAGAGUCAGGUCCGGGGUUGCAUUUCGCGUCAGGUCAUCAUCUGCAAUUUUCUGAUAACAGAGGGUCUUCAGUCAGUCACUAACUCUUGAAUCAGCACCAUGGGGUUGAUUGAGUCUCUUGAGGUCUCGGAGGGGGCUUUGGAUUGGAUUGUCAGUCGCUAUGAAGAUGGGGGUUCAAAGUCGUCGUAAUCAAUUGAAAGCGGGUGUCAAGAAGUGUCUUCAUCAUAAUGCAUCGAGUCGGGUACACAAGUCAGGAGUUGGUUGAUAGAGACACAAGUCAAGUCAGGCAGCCGAAUUGUCGGUUAAUUGGCGGGUGUAGGUCGGUCGGUCAGGUCAGUCCUUACAAGGUGCUAGAGCUGUUGGUCACUGUAUUACUACCUGUAAGGUCACCCCCCUUAGGUCAGGUCGAUGGCUGGCUGCAUUGGGGUAGUUCAAAGUUUUGUGGCUUACUUGAAGACCUCCUGGGGCCAAACAUGCAUGCAGAAGAUCCAGAUUCUGUUGCUCAGUUUCCUUUUCUUUUUUUCCUGGGGGAUUCACAUUUUUCAUUCCUCUUUUUGUUUCGUAUCCCCAUUUUCCUGUAUCUGUCAUCAUUUAUGUCUAUUACUAUUGUCAUGGUCAGGUUGUACUUAGAAGAAGGCACUUUUUUUUUACAUCUUUUUAUGAGGUUGGGAGGAGGUCUUCUUGUCCUCAACGGUUAUUAUUGAGGGGGAAAUUGCAUCUUGCAUUGCAUUAUUCAUUUUUGCUUGUUUGUUGUCUUUGUUACAGGUCUGAAAGUCGAAAAAAUGAUUACAUAUGUCUUUUGCAUUCGUUGAAUGAUACAGAAAGUGUUGGUUCCAAAUUACCUUCAUCUUGAUUUACAUACUUUGUUUGCAAGAUAGCAGCUGUUAGCACGAAACUGCAAAAAGGUCUUUGUAAUUUCAUGUAUUUUCUUUGGAUCAAACUCGCGAAAAAUCAGAAGAGUAUUGUUUUGAACCAACGUAAGUAUAUUCUAGAUAUUCUUCGACGACGCAAGAGUCGUGUUGUAGGAUAUCCCUCCCACCUUUUCCAUCGAGCAGAAUCAUCACAUGACCACCUUCGAGGGACCAUUGGCACCCUCUUCUAAGCCAGGCUCUUUAUCGGCGCUUAAACAAUCGUCUUCUUUCUCUUAACGAAGACUCACCCUGACAUUACUUGUUCGUUCUAACAUUAUCACCAACUUUAAACAAACCCGAGACAUAAUAAGUGCACCUAUUUAGUUUUUUAUGUUCUAUGAACCCAACAUUACAUAAUUAUUACUCAACUUUCCUUAAAAGGACAUUUUGUCUGAGUUCAUGGCAAUGAAGGAAAUACUUAACAAAUAAAUCCAACUAAUUCAUUGGUCGUCUAUCCACACAUCUUCAUUUGCAAUAAACUAUCAUGGAUUUGCUCUGAUAAUUAAUAAUCAAUCUUUCUUGGUCUAACUCUGAGAUUUCUUGUGCAGGCCACUUGCAUCUCUGCAACCCAUUAAUGGCCAUCUCUAUCCAAUUUUGGUAGUUUGCUCUGCUCUCAAGUGCUGUUUGGUACCACGGAUGAAAAGCAAGAAAGAAAGAAAGAAAGGGAGAGAAAAUGUGCACUUUCUCGGGAAAAUAUGGGUGGGAAAAUCAGGACCCCCACCACUUUCUGAAUAACCAUGAUAUAUGUUGAAUGAUCGACUGCUGCAUAACACGUAUCGAGUUUGUAUGGUCAAAUUCCCCAUUCGAGUUCUCCUUUGUUGAUUGCCUUCCCUUCCUUUGUGUGCUUCGUCACUUCUGAAUUUCAUGGGUUGAAAAGUAACUAACUCUAGGCCAUUUAGGUGUAUAGUGCAAUUUCUAUUCUUCUCAUGUGGGUUUUUAGCAAAGAGUAUUUUUCAUCAUCUCCAGUAUUCCACUCAUAUAUCAUGCCAACUGUAGUCUAUAGAUGAUGGACAAAGUUGCACUACUAAAGUUGCCGGAUGAAAUCUAUAGAUGUCAACAAUCUUUAACUCACGUUCAUCGUCUCAAGUUUGGAGUGGUUCGUAUAGGAUUCGAUGCAUUAAGUCAUAUGUUAUGAUUUCUGCCCGGGAUUUAUUAACAGUCGUUGGUCGUUCUGUUCGUAAACUGGUCGGUAUGUUUUAGAACGAGCAGUAUAUAAGGAGGUAGAUCUAUUUCAUAGGAAGACAGAUUGCCUCGCGAGUGGAUAGAUCAACCUUAUAUCCAUAUAUAGGUCUCUAUAUACCUAAUAGCUGCAUCACAAUCCCAGAACAUAGGGUUAUUGCACUUGUUAAGUCGAUGAUUUUAUAAUAAAGGUUGAGUGCAUGAUGAAAUUGAUGAUCAGACUAAACUGGUAUGAACUAAUAUGAAGAAGACGUGACAGUGAGCAAUCAAAUUGUCAUCUUUAUUUUGAAUCGAUCCCAUUUUAUCUUAAACCGCGUGCUAAGAUAAGUGACGUCUUGGUAAACUUCUCAUGUUGAAAAUUGAAAUCCUAUAGGAAAGAGAUAAGAUGGAGUGAUAUGAUAUGGGAAAAGAAGAGAGAGAGAGAGAGAGAGAGGGGAUGAAUGCAUGAUACAUCAAGUAGGCUAUUGUCAUUUGUCAACCAAACAACAACUAUAGCAGCAACAGUGGCACCCAAAAAGGUGAAGAAUAUAAGUGGGUGGAGAAGAGGAGGGCAAAACAGCAACAACUACAAAGAGAGGAAACAGCUGCCCACCCUCCAAAGUUGAAGCCAUGCAAAUCAUGGGAUAUCAUUGUGUUCACUUCUUGCUUGUUUUGGAUGUAUACAUAGUUGACUUUAGGGCAUACAGCAGCAACUUUUCUUGGCCCUAAAAGUGGCUCUUAGAGGGAAGAAAACCGUAGUUAUUAUGCCCAUUUCAUCAUCAUUCUCUGUAGCUAUUUGCAGCGAGUGGGUGCACUCAGUAAAUCUAAAUAUUGAAU